GAAGUAGUAAUUGUCGAAUUCGUUAGUUUUGUUGUUAGGCGCCGGAAGAGGUUUUUUAACUUUUCGUUUUCUAAAAACGGUUAUUUCGCAAUUGCUUGAGAUGAAGAAAUGUCUGAACCGAUAAAGUGUUCAUGGUGCGGUCGAACAGGUAUCUUGAGUAGAUGCAGUAGAUGCCAUUACGCUUGGUACUGUUCUAAAGAGCAUCAGAGUUUACACUGGCGUGAACACAGGAAAGAAUGUACUCAAAUAAGGCAGAUGAUUAAUCAACCGAAUUUACAAAACACACAAGGUGAAAGCAGCUGGAAUAAAGUAAAUCCACUCUAUUAUUCGGAACAAAUUUGGCAGAAUCAACCCACCGAACAAGUAACUCAAACGGAAUUUGAUUCGUCGAAUUUGAUAGCAUCCAGUUCUAUACCCGAUUAUAAUCUGUUAGUUAACGACAUGAGUAAGGAAAGCAAUUUUAGUGUUAGCCAAGCUUCUUCUCAAGAUGCAUACUUAUCUGACGGUGAUCAGAUGUUUAACGAACAUUUCGGACAGAACGAAUGCGCUCAAGUCGACGAAAAGUCAAUGAUAGAAUCUUAUAACCAGAAUCCCGAAUGGUUUGAUGGUAUGUGCCAUAAUUUAGUCAAGGAUUUGAAUAGCUAUGGAAUUUGUGUCAUCGAUAAAUUUAUGGGUGAACAGACUGGUAAAGCUAUUCUGGACGAGGUCAGAAAUCUCUACAGGGCUGGACUCUUUCAUAAUGGACAGUUAGUUAAUAGCUGUGCAGCAUCCAGCGUCAUCAGGGGCGAUCACAUUGCAUGGGUUGAUGGUUCCGAACCCAAUUGUCACAAUAUUGGAAAGCUAAUACAGACUCUCGAUGCGAUAAUUAUGAGAUGCAAUAAGAUCAGAGACAACGGUCCACUUAAUAAUUACAAGAUAACGACACGAACAAAGGCUAUGAUUGCAUGUUAUCCUGGAAAUGGAACACAUUAUGUAAAACAUGUGGAUAAUCCAAAUAAAGAUGGACGUUGUAUUACUAGUAUAUAUUAUCUUAAUAAAGAUUGGGAUGUUAAUUCUCAUGGUGGAUUAUUAAGAAUGUUCCCAGAUGGACUUGACAGUGUUGCAAAUAUUGCACCACUUUUUGAUAGAAUUAUAUUUUUUUGGUCUGAUAGAAGAAAUCCACAUGAAGUGCAGCCUGCUUUUGCUGUUAGAUUUGCAAUCACUGUUUGGUAUUUUGAUGAAGUUGAACGUGAGUGUGCCUUAGAAAGACUAAGAAGUUGCAAAUUGAGAAUAUGAAGAAAUAAUAAG